AGGCUUAUUGUUUGCGUGAUAUAAAUAAAAAUGUUACAUGACCUGCUGUUCGCGUUAUCUGGAUAUCCAGGUGAUAUUUUCAAAGAAACGACUUCAGGCAAAGUAGAAGUAGCCGCUGGAAUACCAAACUUAUCUCCAAAUGAAACAUCUGCCCUUAACUAUUUAUUACAUCUCUCCACAAGAUACAUAUUCUUUAAAAAGUUUAUUUCUUGCAACACUUCAGCAAUAACUCUUCCUGGUCAAGAGGUUUCAAGCGAUGGGUUAAAAAGAGGUUGCUAUCUGAAAGCUUUUUGCUCCGGUCUAGAGCAUGUGUUAACGCCGUACCGUGAGUGUUUGCUAAAUAUUGAAAAGGAAAUUUUAAAGGACUUACAUCUUUCUCUGCUGUUUGUGCAACAGGAGACAGAUAAUUACCAUUAUUUAUUUGAUGCUCUUUAUGAUGUUAUAACCACCAUUAAGUCUCGAAAAGCCCAUGGUUGUCAGAUCUUGGAAGCACUGGCACGUGCGAGUGUAUGUGGCAAUGAGUUCGUGCGAGAUUCAAUUCUAGCAAUAACACAGAGAUGCCAUGUUGUCAUGUACAACCAAUUAUCAUCCUGGCUUCUCCAUGGUAUACUGAUAGAUAGACAUCUUGAGUUUUUUAUCGAAGAAACUUUCGAAAUUAGUCGAACAAAUGACACAAAUGAAGAUGAAUUUGAAGAGACAUCCAUUGUUCAACAAAAAGAUAAAUUCCAGCUUCGUCUUUCAUUCCUGCCUUCAUACAUUGCACCUCGUGUUGCAAAUGUGAUUUGUUUUGUAGGUACAUCACUUCAUUUAUUUGAAUCGGAUGGAAAAAAUCACACUUUUGGGUCCACUUCUUGUAAGACAGUUAAGAAAAAGUCUUCAGAUCUUCAGAGCAUUUUGCAAGGAAAAGACACUGAGUUCGUUGCUGAUUUAAACGCACUAAAACAAGCAAAAGAGUUUAUUAACCAAGACUUUGAAAUAUGUAUUGAUAAGAUAAGAUCAGUGGUGGCAAGGGAGCUUUGGGAGUUGUGUGUGGAGCAUGCGCAGUUGGUUUCAAACCUGUACAUGUUGAAAGAUUUUUACUUACUUGGGAGGGGAGAACUGUUUCUCGUGUUUUUAGAUGAAGCUGGUCCAAUAUUAAAGAACCCGCCAUCCAGGGUAACUCAACAUGAUGUCCAGCAAGCUUUUUUAAGAUCUGCAGCCAAAAUUCAAAUGGAGGAUGAAAAACCAUUUGAUUUAUUUUCACUAACCAUCACGCAAAAGCAAGCAAACAGAUCUACAUCCUUUGUAAGCGUUGAUAAGAUGGACACAGGCUGGGCAUGUCUUGGAAUGGAUUUUAAAGUCACUUGGCCUCUGCAUACAGUGUUUAAACCUGCAGUACUUGAGAAAUACAACCACUUGUUUAAGUUCUUAUUGAGAGUUAAGCGUACGCAAGCGGCUCUUCAGCGGAUAUGGCUCACUCAAAUGGAGGCGCGACAAGGUAAGGAUAACUCAGAAGAUUAUCCUGACAGUGAUGAUGCUACUACCGAGAUGCUGCAGUGGAAAUGUAGAAGGGACAUGCAGUAUUUUGUCGACAACCUCCAAUAUUAUCUACAAGCUGAUGUGUUGGAAUCUCACUUUACACGACUGCUUGAAAAAAUUAGAAACACAUCAGAAAAGCAGAGAGACUUUGAAGCAAUCACCACAGCUCACGAUAACUUUCUUAACGCACUACUCGCUCAAUGCUUUGUCCUCUCAAACACGGUGUGCUCAAAUCUCAUAGAAAUCCUUGAUAUUUGCCACCAGUUCUGCGAGCUAAUGACAGCUUCUCCUCUGCUACACUCAAAGGAACAUAUUCCACAACAGGUGCAGGAACUAUGGAAACUUUUCUCAAACAAAGCAGUUGUAUUCUUCCAAGUUCUCACUCGUGUUUGCACACACCAAGGCAACCCACACGUUGCUCAAUUGACUCUUCGUUUGGAUUACAAUCGCUAUUUCUCAUCAAUGACAAUUAAAAAAUAACUU